AUGCGAGCCCCGCACACGCCCAUACCCAGGCUCGUUGCCGCGGCCCUCGUGCUCCUCUUUUUGCGCCGGUGCUGCGCGUCCCCCGAUCCGCCAGGGGGCGUGUUUCUGUCCCCUCCAAACAGCGCCCCCACCGGCGCCAGCGGCCUGGCAACACGCGGCCUGUUUUUGCAGCACGUCCCCGGGGCGCCGGCGGCGGGCACAAACCGCGCGGCCGCGCCGCCGCGCCCCUGGCCGCGGGACAUCGACCCGUCCUUCUCCAACGUGGUCAACUCGGUGUUCCCCGUCGACAUGGUGGUGUCGUACAACGCGUCGGGCGGCCGCGCCGGCGGCCAGAUGGUGGCGCGCUACGCGGCGUUCAGCCCGGUGCUCCGCGGCGAGCUCCGCGGCCACUACGUGUUUGUCGCCGGCAGCGCGUGUUCCGAGAUCGCCGCCCACCAACACCCCGAGUACACGGACAAGAUCUUGGUGGUGGCGCGCGGCAAGUGCACGUUCGUGCAGAAGUUGGAGAACAUCCGCGGCGCGCGGCUCGCGCCCCGCGCGGUGGUGGUGGCCAACAACGUGCCGCACGGCGGGCUCAUCACCAUGUACUCGCGCUCGUUCAACCGCGACGAGCAGCUCCGCUUCCCGGUGCUUUUCUUGGGCUUUGAGGACGCCGAGACGUUGCGCGCCAUGCAGCCCGCGCGUCCGGAGUUGGCGCUCCGCACCGCGCCGUUCGACGGCUUCCUCGGCCUCGUGCUCCUGAUGGCCGUGCUGCCGCCGCUCGUCAUUGUGGCGUGCUACGCCGUGGUGCGGGCGUCGCAGUGGUGGGCCCGCCGCCGCCGCAACGCGCGCAACCGCCGCUACGUGCGCCUGCUCCCGGUGUACAUCUACGCGCGCACGCACCUAGUGCCGUGGCCCGCGUUCUACGAGUACCUCUUGGCCACGGGCCAAACCGACGACAUCCCGCUGGCGCUGUCGUCCGUGGCCGACGUGGCGGGCCCGCCCGCGUGCGGCGCGCUGGCCGCGCCGCCCUUCGUCGCCGGCGGCACGGACCUCUUGCUGAUGCCCGACUUGCACAUCUUGUACGCGGCCGCGGACUUCUACCCGACGCAGAAGUGCGCCAUCUGCCUCGGCCGCUUCGUGCCGCUCAAGCUGCGCGUGUUGGUGCUCGCGUGCAAGCACGUGCACCACGAGGACUGCCUUGCCAACUGGCUCAUCAACUUCCGCAGGACGUGCCCGCUCUGCAACGAGGCCGUGCGCGCUCAUGAUGCGCAGCAGCUACUCACGCAUGGCGGCCACGGCUACGGCACGUUCGCCGCCGACCCGGAAAACCCGACCCCGGCGACAGACGACGCGCCCGGCCCCGCCGCGCGCAGCUUGCGCGUGGACCUGGCCCGCUCCGGGCUGGACGACAGCGAGGGGCCUCGGCCCUCCUGCUCGGGACAGGCCCUGGCAAGCCGCGCCGACCGCGUGCUUCCCAUCGCACGCGUGCCGCUGUCGGACUCGUCCUUCGUCACGACCAAGACCCACCAGUCUGGGGACGCGCCUUCGUCGUACCACACGUCCGCGGGGGUCUUUCCGCCAGACAGCGGUGACGACACGCAGCUGGACGAGUCCGGCCACUCCACGCUCCGGUUCUAG